AAGAACUACAAGAUGGCCCCGAUCUCCAUCAGGACUGUGUUAAUCAGUGAAAGUGUAGACCCCCGCUGCAGGGCGAUUCUGCAGGAAAAUGGCAUCCAAGUCACCGAGAAGCAGAACAUGAAGAAAGAUGAGUUAAUCGCAGAGAUUAAGGACUAUGACGGCCUUGUGGUCAGAUCUGCAACCAAGGUAACGGCUGAUGUUAUCAAUGCUGCCAGUAAUCUUAAAAUCAUUGGGAGAGCUGGGACCGGUGUGGACAAUGUGGAUGUUAAUGCCGCCACAAAAAAGGGCAUUAUUGUCAUGAACACUCCAAGCGGUAACACGAUCAGUGCUGCUGAGCUGACAUGUGCCCUGCUGAUGAGCCUCUCAAGAAAUGUGCCUCAAGCUACAAUGUCCAUGAAAGCAGGGAACUGGGAUCGCAAAAAGUUCAUGGGUGCAGAGCUGUAUGGCAAAGUACUGGGAAUAGUUGGACUUGGAAGAAUAGGAAAGGAAGUCGCCUCCAGAAUGCAGUCAUUUGGCAUGAAGACUAUUGGCUAUGAUCCAAUCACUCCUCCUGAGGUGUCAGCCAGCUGGGGGGUGGAGCAGAUGCCUCUGGAGAGUCUUUGGCCCCAAUGCGACUACAUUACUGUCCACACUCCUCUAAUGCCUUCAACUGCUGGUCUGCUUAAUGAUGAAACAUUUGCAAAAUGCAAGAAAGGAGUGAAGGUUGUGAACUGUGCACGUGGAGGCAUCAUUGACGAAGAUGCUCUCCUCAGAGCUUUGGAAUCUGGACAGUGCGGAGGAGCAGGGCUUGACGUCUUUGUUGAGGAGCCACCUAAGAACCGCUCACUGGUUGACCAUCCCAAUGUCAUCAGCUGUCCUCACCUGGGAGCCAGUACCAAGGAGGCACAGGCCCGCUGCGGGGAGGACAUCGCUCUACAGAUUGUGGACAUGGUGAAGGGCAAGAACUUGUUUGGAGCAGUAAAUGCACAGGUUUUGGCCAGCACGUUCUGCCAGGAAUCUCACCAGCUGAUCAAACUUGGAGAAGCCAUUGGAGCUGUGCUGCAGUCUUGCAGUGCUUCUAAGAAACCAUUCAGCCAUGUUCAGAUUACUACUCAAGGGGAUUGCAUGAAGUCCUCCACUGGUUACAUGACUUCUGCUGUACUGGUUGGACUGCUCAAUAAUGAAUCUGGCUGUUGCCCAAACCUCAUCAAUGCCGUGAGCCUAGCCAAGGAGUCUGGAAUCACGGUGAACCAGACCCACUGCGUGUCCGACGGAGCUGCCGGUGGUUUGUGCCAGGUGGAGAUCACAGCCAGUGGCUGCAGCUACAAAGCCAGCGGCUCAGUUCAAGGUGGUGUACCAGUCGUACUGGAGCUGAGUAACAGCAGGUUCAGACAACCGGUCGCUCUCAAUGGGAAUCUGCUGUUCUUCAAGGCCUCUGCCAGUCCUCAGCUCCUGUCUUCAGUAGCUGGACUGCUUGCCACAGAGGGAGUGGAAAUUGAGUCCUUCAGUGCUCCUGCAGACCGCACUGGAGAUCUGUGGUAUUGUGUGGGGGUGUCCUCUCCCCUGCGAGACCUCAGUGCCUUGAAGUCUUUGGCUAAGGAGACGGCCCAGCUUACCAUUUAAAUGUGAACAGCUACGCAGUGCUAGGAUAACAUUCAGUAUCUGAAAAUUAUGUCUUAAUGUUAUUAAUCUGUCUUUUGAGGCAACAUAGCAUUUACAACUAACAACUUGUUUAGAAGUUGAACACUUGCAGUUUAAAACUUGCAUUUUGAUAACAUUCCAGUGUUUAGAUGUUUUACGUGCGCUUUGUUGAAGUAAAACCAGAUGAAAGUGUUUCAAUGUGAUGUGCUGCUCAGUUUGUUGUUUGAUCACUUUAA